AGCGCCAGUCGGCGGCUCAGGGCUUGCCCGCCGGCGCCAUGGCGUUGGCGCCGCCUCCCCCAGGGGCGCCAGGGGCCCUCAGGGCGCCAGCGCCGGCAGCGGCUGCGGCGGCUGCGGCGCGCCGGGGGAGCAAAGCGCUCCACAGGCCUAUGCAUGGCGCGCCGCUGGGCUUCAUGUGCCUCACAGUGCUGCGCCGGGCAGUUGCCAGGAGGGCGCGGAAGGAGGCGGCCCCCGGGGUGGAGGCCUGGCGAGCUUUGCCGCUCGAAGUCCCUGCCAACAUGGACGUGAUCUUGCGGAACCGCUACAACGACGUAGUCUUGGAAGAGCUGGAUGACAUCGAUCUCAGCCCCUUCCGCACACUCGCCGUGGUUCGUUUGCCCAUCUUCACUGUGCCGAAUGUGGGGCAGCUGCAGCGGCUGCUGUUCCACGUGGGCUCCCCGCAGCAGCUGGCGGUCGACUACGCGCUGCAGCACCACGGAGGCUUCUUGGGCGUGGCCGUGGACAUCCCCCAGGCCACAUACUUGCCAAGAGGCUGCGUGGGCGUGGAGGUCGUCGAGGUGUCCAGGAAGGAGGAUUUGGUGCGGGUGGUGCUGCGCGGGGUCAGCAUGCUGCGCAUCAUCGACCGCGUGGCGAUGCCUGGGACCAACGGCGUGGCGCUGCCCCUCAUGCAGGAGGUGCUGGAGAUCACGGACCUGGAGCGGGAGGCGGGCGAAGCCGAGCUGGCGAAGGAGGCCCAGCGGCUCGAGGAGCUUUUCGGGCACUGUGGUCAGCUUCAGAAGGAGACCGGCAUCUUCAACGCGGGCGACCUCUCCGCGGCUUCCCUGGCGGAGCUCACCGAGGCCUCGCGCCAGAACUUGGCGCAGGUCCGCCUGCCCGGGGUGGACGCUGAGGCGCAGAGGUGGCCGGUGCUGGCGAGCCACGCGGCCGUGGCAGCCUUCGGCGCCCAGAAGCGGGCGGACUUCCUGUGCGACCCCUUCAGUUCCCUGCGCCGGCUCCGGUCUUUGCGGCAAUUCCUUGAGCUCAUGGACCGCGUCCUCACCGUGAAGUUGCACGCGAAGAUGGGGUGAUGGGAUCCAAUUCGCCCCUUCGGGGGAUCUCCGCCUGGCGGCCCCCUUUUCCACUGGCCCAGGCCGAGCGAAUCGAUCGGCCCUCUGAUUCGAUGCGCAUGCCCUCCCCAACCAGAGCCAACGAGGUUUUGAUGGGGAAUGGAGGUG